AUGGCUUUCAAAACGUUGUUGUUGACGGCCCUCGUUGGUCUUGCCAACGGCUUGGCCUCAACCGACACCAUCACCUGGGGAGGCGACAAUUCGCGAGCCGGGUACCAGACAAACCACAACAUGGACCCCUCCGUCGUGGGGAGCUCCCAGUUCGGCCAGCUCUUCCGCACGCUUCUCCCGGGCCGCUACGGCAACGUUCCCGAGCAGAUCUUCUCCCAACCACUCGUUUACACGCCCGAUGGCGACAGCACCCAAUACGUCUACGUCGCGACAACACAGAAUAAUGUCUACAAGAUCAAUGCAAAGACGGGCGACAUUGUCGCAUCCCGGAAUCUUCACAUCCCCUUCCUUACUUCAGAUCUCAGCGGCUGCUACGAUAUUCAACCUCACGUCGGGGUCACUUCUACUGGUGUCAUUGAUCCUUCCACCAACACGCUCUACCUCACGGCCAAGACGUAUGUUGACCAGACCCAGCCGAACGUGGCCCAGGGUCGUCCCGCCGGGCGCUACUACAUCCACGCACUGGAUGUGAACGACCUUAGCGAUCGUCCCAAUUUCCCCGUCGACCUGGAGGGCACCGUCGCCAAGAACAACCCGAUCCGGUCUUUCAACGGAGGCAUUCACCACCAGCGACCCGGCCUGCUGCACGUUGGCAACUAUGUGUACGCCGGCUUUGCUUCCCACUGUGUGCAGUAUAACUUCACUGGCUGGGUCAUUGGUUGGGACAAGACGACGGGUAACACUGUCGAGCGCUUCGCUACCCAGGGCGACGGCGUUCCCGCCAACGUCGAGGGCGCUGGUAUCUGGAUGUCGGGCGGCGGCCUAGCGUCUGACGAUGCCGGCUCCAUGUUCUACGCCACCGGCAACGGCUACGCCUCCCAGCUCAGCACAAUUCCCGUUAACGGCCGUGAGCCCCCGACGUCUCUGGAGGAAGCUGCUGUCCACAUGACCAUUAAUGAAGACGGCAGUUUGAGUUUGGUGGACUUUUUUAUGCCAUGGGAAAAGCAGGCACUUGACGGCGCCGACAAAGACCUGGGAACCAGCCCUCUGCAGAUUCUACCGAGCACAUUUUCUUGCGGCAACAUUCGUCGCAUUGGCGUGGUGACCGGAAAGAGCGGCAAGACCUACUGGCUCAACCUGGACGAUUUGGGUGGCUACCGCAACGGCGCCAACGGCCUGGAUAACGUGAUUCAAGUUUACCAGAAUGAGAACUCCGUGUAUGCUGGUGCAGGUGUCUACCCUGGCGAGGGUGGCUACAUCUACAUCAAUGUCAUCCAGUACCCUACCCACGUCUUCAAGUUCUCGUGCGAUGCUGGAGUCCCCUCCUUCACCAAGGUCGCCGACAGUCCGAUGAACAAUGCCUACAUCCUCGGCGUCAGCCACGGCACGGUCACCACCCUUAAUGGUCAGCCUGGUACUGGUCUUCUCUGGACCACCGAUGUUCAGGGCUCGCAACUCAAGAUCUUCGAGGCCGUCCCCAAGAACGGCUACCUGAACUUGAUCAAGUCUUUCAGCGUUCCGGCCACCACAAAGUUCACCAGAGCCGUCUUCGGCGAUGGCAUCAUGUACCAAGGCACCACCCAGGGAUACCUCUACGCCUUCGGUUCGCCCGUCACAGCUCCUCUCAAUUGCACGACCACCAACGAGUUUGGCACCGUUGACAUUGGUUCGCAGAGUGACCCGCGCACCAUCACCUGUACCGCCGUGAUUGGCGUUACAGUUGAUGACGUCGGCCUGGACGCAGCUGAAGAAUUUGCUCUCUCUGGUGUCCCCACGCUGCCUCUCACGUUGGCUGCUGGUGAGCAGUUCACUAUCGGCGCCGCGUUCAAGCCGACCACUGUCGGACUGGUUUCUUCCGACAUCGUCGUAAACUCCACCAACGUCGUCGCGGGCUACAGCCAGGGCACCCACAUCCGACUGACCGGUACCGGUGAAAGCGCCAACCCCUUGCUGUCCAUCACGCCUCCUACAAUCACUUUCCAGGGUGUUAUUGCUGGACAACAAGGUGGCACGGACGAGAACGUGAUCCUCUCGAACCAGGGCAACUCGGAAUUAUCCAUCACUGAUGUUCAGUUCUCCACCACGAGCGCCCAGGGUCCUUUCACCAGCUGGGACAGAGCAACCGCCAGUCUCACUGUUGGCAAGUUCACUCUCACCAACAUUCCCGCUUCCAUUCCCGCCAACACGGCUGUCGCCAUCCGCAUCGCUUUCGAUUCUUCUACCAGUGGCACCUUCGGGGCUUAUCUCAAGUUAACCUCAAACGGUGGAACCCAGUCCUUCACCGUUGCGGGCUCUGCGGGUCCGGCUCCUGUGGCUCUCGUUGAGUUCCAAACUCCGGAUGGUACUGGAUGGGUUGAGUACGAGGCAAACAAGAACUUCACCUUCGGCAACGUCACCGAGAAUAGCUCCAGAGCGCUCAGGUUCCGCAUCACGAACAAUGCCGCUGAGGGUGCUGUCAAGCUUUCCCUCACCGUAUCGAAGCCACCCUUCGGUAUCCCCGGCAUCAUUCAAGCUGCCAACUCGGUGGAUCUUGCAGAGGGUACUGUCCUCGGCCCAGGCGAGAGCGCUACCGCGACCAUGAUCUGCACGGUGCCCAAGGCCCAGUGGAACACCGACCCGUACACUGGUGUCGCGCCUUGGACGAUGAACACCAACGAUCCCAACUUUGAGAAGCACUUCUUCAACUUUGAGUGUACCGCUGUUGCCCAACAAGCGCCACCUCUCCUACCUAACGGCCAAGGCAAGCUCCGCUACAUUGGCUGCUACAAGGAGAACAACCCUGGCCGUCAGCUCUCGAAUCAAUUGUACGGAAAUGCCGCAAACACGAACGCCAUGUGUAUCGCUGCCUGCGCAGAGAGGGGGUUCGUUUUCUGUGGUACACAGUACCACACUGAGUGCUGGGGUGGCAUGACUAUCCCCGUCGAAAAGGUUGACGCCCGCAACUGUGGCUUCGAUUGUGGCGGAGAUCUUAACCAGAUUUGCGGUGGCAAUGGAUUCGGCGAGGCUGAAGGCAUAGGUGCGUACAUCUCGGUUUUUGCCGACUCAGUCCGUUGGGACGGCAAUACCACGACGCCUCCCCCGAGCUCGGAUCCGGCCAGCCCCGAGGUCAACCCUGGCGUUGGACAGUACGUGAGCCAGGGAUGUUACACCGAGGGCACAAACGAACGCGCCCUGACCUACCUAAUUGCCACUGAGAAGAAAACCGUUGGCCAGUGUAUUGGGAUCUGCGCUGCAGGCAGAUACACAUAUGCCGGAUUAGAGUACGGCGGAGAGUGCUGGUGUGGAAACACCCUCGCGGGCACAUCUUUACCUGCUGAAGCCGCUGACUGCAGCAUGCCUUGCGCUGACAACAGCACAGAGUACUGUGGUGGCACGUCCAGACUUAACCUAUACAAACUGGAGGGCGACUUGCCCGUGACAACGUCUACCGGUGCUUCUCCCACUAGCGCCGAGACAACUGCUCCCACUGCCACGGCUCCUCCCACGAACGUCCGGGUUGGUGACUGGCUCUCGCAGGGCUGCUAUACCGAGGGUGAGGGCGUUCGCGCUCUGCCCGCCCGCAUGUAUGCCAACGACUCCUUGACUCUGGAGACUUGCGGCGCUUUCUGCCAGGGCACCAAGUACUUUGGCGCGGAAUAUGGCCGCGAGUGUUGGUGUGGCAACGAAUUUGGAACAGGAAGCGUCCUCGCCGCGAACCAGAAAGACUGUUCCUUCCCUUGUGGCGGUGACAGUACCCAGUUCUGCGGUGCCAGCAACAGGCUGAACGUUUACAUGUACUCGCCCGAGGCGGCCAAGAACGCCUCUGGGACUUUGACAGCGGCUGCCACCACGACAACUUUCUCGUCGUUGGCGGUUCCGUCUAACGGAACCGCAACCGCCACCGCCACCGCUACAACCACCGGGACACCUCUCACCAAGGAUGCGGUAUCACAAACCAUGAUUACUAUGACUCCCACAGCAAACAUCUCUUCAGCUGCGUCUAUCAUACCAUCCGAAUCGACCAUCACUAGCGGCUCUGUGAUUAUUACGACUGUAGCAUCUACUCCUUCCGCAGACAACUUUACAAUCUCUGCAACGUCCGAGGCCUCUAGCGCCCUGUCCGCUCUUUCAACUGCGAGCCUAUCGCCUGCUUCAUCGGCAGCCGCCUUGACAACUACCACUUCUACUUCCUUGGCUACUCCCACGCCGACUGGCCCCGUCAUUUCACCUGGUAACGAAAACUUUACGUACUACGGCUGCUUCUCUGAGCCCGAGGUCGGCCGUCUCCUCCCGAAUCAAAUUCUCAACCUUGCCAACAUGACUAUCGACACGUGUCUGGGCGCCUGCUACGAUAAGAACUAUGCAGGUGUCGAGUAUGGCCGCGAAUGUUGGUGCGGCAACUCCUUGAACAUGGGCGGCGCCGACCAGAGCAAGCCGGCUGCCAAUGUGACGGGCACAGAGUGCUCCUUCACAUGUCCUGGCAACAGCACCGAAUUCUGUGGUGCUGGCGUAAGGAUGAACUUGUAUAUACUUACCGAAGAGCUGAAAAGGCUGGGCAAAGCAAACUCAACGACGUCGUUGAAAUACUAA